ACUCGGGAUGGAGCCCUAUGGCUGUAGUGUCAGACUAUACGGGAAGAAAAUCUGGUUUACAUGUGUGGGAUAUGUAAAUGACGGUAAUGUUUAUCUUGGAAUAUUUAAUUGUAUAUCAAAGUCUCGUGAUAACAUUGGUUAGGCGAGUGAAUGACGCAGUUUGGUAUCAGGGGAGGGAGGGGAGCGGAGCAGCAGUUUAGGAAAAGAGGAGGAAGCAGCGAGGAUGGUGGAGUCACACCUCUGAAGGUAAAACAGUAGUAUUAUCACAUUUACAGUGGACGUUAUACUCCUCAGUACUGUAGCGCGACACUCUACGAUAAUAAUCCUCCCGUCCGUCUGUAGUUGCAGCGUGUUUAAGGCUGAAGUGUCAUUUUGAGGUGGCGAAAACGAACGCACUCUUUUGUUCAGCUCCAGAAUGGCCGCUGUUUUUCACACUGUUUUCUUUUUUUCCUCUGCUAAUAUUCAACACGAGAACGCCGCUUAGAUACAGUGUUACUGUUAUUAGGCAUCUCAAGUACCUUCAAUAGCCAUUUUGCGGAGAUAUCCUUCGCUAACGCUCGCUUGUCUCUUUCGGUGUCUACUACCUGACUGCGCUCCGUUGGCUGUAGCUGAGGUUUCCCCUCUCGGACGGAUCGGUCCGCGUCCGACAGCCGCUCCGCUCGGGCCUACCCACACAGUUAGCUCUGUUUAAGUUAAAGCUAAUCGCUGGAUGUGAGUAUAUAUAUGUCAGAGAAAACCUCCACCUACUUCAUACAAUCUCACAAGUGUCUAUAUGUGCUCGUGUGAUUAUCCUGUCUCGGCUGUGUCGUUACUGCUCCCGGUUGGAUCUAAAUAAAAGGUUAGCUUGUGGGCUAACUUAGCUUUGUAGCAUAACUGACGUUUGCUUCGCUGUUGACGUUUAGCUUAGCUGCUUCAUUUCCUGACUUGUUGUCAAUCGUUUCAGCGGGAUUUAUCACUGUAUUUUACUUUUACCAAAGGUUUCUCAUGAACGAUAUGUUCCAGAGAUAUAUUCAUACUCACUCUCAAAGCAUUAGAGAGUUUAGCCUACGUGAAUCGGCUGAUUAGUUAGCUGGUUGAUUCUUGGUUCACAGUCACAACGUAACGUUUAAGCAAUAAUACUCUCCAUAUCGUGGUAUAUUUUUUAAAUUACAGUUUUCGUGACAAAGCCACUUGCUCGGAAACAUUGUCUUUGUGUGUUCAUAUGAAUAGAAACAAUCUCGAUUAGUGCCUCUACUUCCUGACCUGGUACCUUUCUAUCGGUAACCAGUUUCUGAAGGUUUGUCACUGGCACACGUAGCCAACUAGCUAGCUGCGUCCCUUGAGUGGUGUUCCAGUAAUGUUGGCAACGUUCGCCUGAAUAUUCAGUUUAAACUGUCAAGCCAGGUUAUCUCUGUUAAAUUCUUCUUCUUCUUCUUCUUCUUCUUCUUCUUCUUCCUAUUAUUAUUAUUAUUAUGAGCCACUUGCUUACCAUCAACGUCAACGUGUUUUCCUUCCCACCUGUGUCCUUUGUCUUAUUAUACUUAUUUGGACAACGCUGAAGUUUACAUAUUAUUCACAGGCUCCAGGUCAUCUGUUACAGAGAUGGUUAUAGAACCACCGCCCUGAUCCAAAGCCACUACACUGAGACUUGCCCAAUUUAGACUAGAUUAUCAGAGACUCUACAGAUGUCUUGAAACACAUUUUCAUAUUUGUUAUACCUUAAUUCUACUUAAAAUAAGUGCAAGAAAAUGCGUUUUUCCUGCUGUUUCAAUCUCUAGUCCACAUCGAACCAGGUCCUGAUCCAGAGCCAUGAUAUCUAGACUUGAUCUGGAGUAGAUUUUCCCAGAGAGACAAGAGACGUCUUACAUUUCUGUUUCUGUUUUUGUGAAAAUUAAAGAGAGGGUGAUUUCUAGAUGUGUAAAAAAAACGGGGAACCGCCAUGUCUUGCAUUUUCACAGACAAAGUGAAGUUAACAUGGAUCUGGAAAUGUGACUGUAGCCUCUCUAGAAUAAUUUAGUCCAGCUCUGUGGAGCCUAGGUAUUGUGAUUUUGGAUCAGGACCUGGUUCGUAUCAGUCAAGUCCAGAUUUAACAACAAGUCUGGGUCUACUGCUUUUUGAUCAGGACUUAGUUUCUUUAACCCUACCAAUAAUAGUCAAAUCAAAAGCUGAAAAGAAGCUGCUAACCUCAGUUUUAUCAAAAGGGGCUGGGUCAGAGAAUUGAUGGUAAUUUUUACAAGUCCUUGGAAAAAGUUAUUGAGCUAGAGACAUUUUUUCAACUUCAAAAUAAUACAAGGCACACACAAACAUCCAAGUGUGUCAGUGCUUCAUGACUUCUUGCAGUGGUGUUAAUGUCAAGAAUCCUGCAUGUUUUGUAUUCCUCAGCCAAUCAGGUGUUAUGGUGAUCUGAAGUGUAAUUGCCAUGCUAAUUAUUAAUCACUUUAGAUUGCUGUGUUGCUAUAAUUAUAUAUUUAUCACGGGCAACACAUUAUAUUGUGUGACCCUGCAGCUUCCACUCCACUGUGUGUUGUAUUUCCUCUGUGUAAUCCAAAAGGAACUGCUGUGGAGAUCAUGAGAAUGGUAUGCAGUACUGUCUUGGCUUAAAAGCUCUGGUUUUAUCAGCUUAGAUAUCCUUAAUGGAAAUUUCAUUAGUCCCCAUUAGGGUUGCAAGUGCCAUGAAGUCCGUUUUAUGUUGGCAUUGUUUUAGCCUUGAUGGGCAUGCAUUAGCUUUUCACCAAAGCUAUGAGUUGAGUCUCAUGUUUACAUGUGUCAAAUUGUCUUUACUUCAUGGGACACAAGCUCUUUUAAGUUUUGUCCUACCUUAAUGGCUUUACUGUUGUGUUGUUGUCAUUAUUAUUGCACGGUUGUGGCCAACAUCUGCAACAGGAUGAACAUAAAAAUGAAAGUGAGUCCCUACAAGAUUAGUGGAUAUACAACUGAAUUAUACAGCACCCAUUAAAAUUGAUUUUUGAUUUAAAAGGGGGAAAAAAAGAUUGUAUUGUGACAAGUGAUCACACUCAUUUUGGGAUAACUAAAGCAGUGGUUCUCAAGUCCAGUCCUCGAGGUCCACUGUCCUGCAUGUUUUGGAUGUUUCCCUGCUCCAACACACCUGAUUUAAAUGAUUAGCUCGUUAUUGAGCCAUAACAGAGCUUGAUAACGAGCUGAUCAUUUGAAUCAGGUGUGUUGGGGCAGGGAAGCAUCCAAAACAUGCAGGGCAGGGGGCCUUUAGGACUGGACUUAAGAACCACUGACCUAAAUGACUGUGUACAUGUCUGCCUAUCCUUGUCCUCAUGCUGGAACUCUUCAGUUAUUAUGUUUCACCAAAGGUAGGCUCUGUCUCAAGUGAGCUAGUGAUAGUAACAGGAUAACACCAUCCCCUGAUGCUCUGUUUUUGCACAUGUAGUAAUCUGAUUUGUCUUCCAUUUCUUCAGCUGGAGGCCAGCUUUCUUUUUUGUCUCCUGAAAUUUAAACUACGACUUUGUUUUGCAAGCAAGAGAAAAAUACAACUAAAGUAACUCUUCCUUUGAUUUGGUUCAACUUUGACGUAUGAAUGAAAUUACUGAGUUUCUGGACCUCUUAUCUUGUUUCCUUGUCAAAAGUGCCAGUGUUUGCGUUCAUUUCAUAAAUAUAAUACAGAGUGAAAGUUGAGUGAAAUCGACUUGCUCAAUGAGAUGUUAACCAUUUCUUUAAGGACUUUAAUUUAGUUAAAGGCAGAAAACUUCCAAGUCUGGAGAUAGAGACGUAAAUCCACACAGAUUGGGUUUACGUGCAGUUUGUUAUAAACAGAAUGAUGUACCAGUGCAGGCACACAGAGAGCACAUCCUUAAAAGGAAGUUGCUUGCACAGUUUGGUUUUGAUUGCCCCAGCAUCUUGGCUGGCCUGGCUGCUGUCAUUUUAGGCUAAUAAUGAGAUUGUACAGGUAUGCCCUAAACAGCCAUUGUUAGAGGUUCACCCCCUUAUUUAUAACAGGCCAGAGGAGCAGUAGAUAACUUUUUUAUUUACAGAACACACUGUUAAGCACUCUGUCAUGUAAGUGGGUGCUGCUGCUAUUGACCCAACAUUUCUUUUAGCCAAAAGGUCACAUGACCUGUUGUUGUGGGGGCUUCAUGCUUUGAAGGCCACUUCUAAAGAUUACGCUCAGCAGUUUUAACCUUUUCCCUCAGCUCUGAUCCUGAUCCAAACCUGCCUCUCUUUCCACCAAAGUUGAGCUUGUACGAGUGCAGGAGAGCUUUGCACAGUCACAGAGGUUGAACAGCACCAGAGACUAAACAGAGACAGACUGCCAGAGACAUCCUGGCUCAGUUUGUCAUGUAAAAAAAUCCAAAGAGCUGCAUGUUUGGCCUGGAUCUCUGUUGGAUGUAAAUUUUUGUGUUAUGUUACAGACUUUGAAGGGGAUGCACUUGCAGCUGAAAGUAUGUUAAGGUGGGGCUGCAGGCUUAAAGUAAUGUCAACACCCGCUUGGCCAUGUUUGUUUAGUAGGAGUAAGUUGGUAUGAGGUUAUGCCUUGUACAUUAAACAGAUAUACUUGGGCAACACACACUACCACGUAUUUCAUACUACUGACAACCUGUCAAACCUGUUGAAGCAUUAUUUUGUGUUAAGUACAGCGCAGGAUAUUUUUCAUGUCCUUUCCAAUUGUGUUCCUUAGUUUUUAUCUUCCGUGUUCAGCAUUGAAUGCUCCACAUGUGUUUUGAUGAAAUUCUGUGUACAUUAAUAUUUGUAUCAGACGUACCAUUAGGCAUGAAGCACUCAUCUGAAGAGUGUCAUCAGUGUGGAUUUAGCAGUGAGCAGGCUUAACUGGCUCUCAUUUCUAACUUCUGCAUCCUGUUAUGGAUAUGAUCCUGCAAGUCCUCAGCAUUUUUUGUGUGAAAUUUCUUUCAACACUGCCUGAUAAGUCAGAAAAACAGCAUUUGUACAAUGUAUUCAACUUUAUGUGGCUAAUAUUGUUCAGGGCUGUGCUUACCUGCUAGUAUUUUGACUGUCUUCAGUUAACAGUGAAGUACAGAGACAGCAAAUUAGAUCAUUGCUGCUUAAAAGUUAUAACCUCACAAACCCAUGAUUCUCUUUUUUCAACUGAGAUAUCUGCAAAGUUUAUUUCAAUAGCUAUGAUACACUGUAGGGCUGCACGAUUAAUCGAUUUUCAAUCGUAAUCGUAUCACUUGAUGAUGACGAUGUUAAAAAAAUGAAAAUCAUUGAAUCUAUUUUCCUCUCUACCAUGUCUCGCGCCUCCAGGCCACCAUAUUCCCCCUUCCUGAAGUAGCGCUCCCCAGUUCCCACACACACCAGCGUAAAUAAAGAUGGCGUUUGCAAAAGUAGUCGAUGAUUUCGUGGCUAUAAGGGGCAAGAGCAAGUCAGUCAUGUGGAAUUGUCAUGGCUUUGCAGUUUUGGAUAAAGAGCAAACCACUCCCCACUGCAAAGCCUGUCUGAAGGCGGUAUCAAUUCAGGAGUAAACGCAAAAGUUUUUUGUCUUAUCGGAAGAGGGUCCGAAAGGAUUUGAUGCGCUCCUUGGUGACUCAUAAGUCGGAAAUAACGUUGUGUGUUGUUGUGCUCACACAGUGCGUGUAGAAUCAUCCAGCAGCGGCGCACUGCUGAAUGAAUGUAGAGGAAACACUGCUGAUACAUAUGAGUCCGAGGUCGAACUGUGUGAGAUAAAACCAAAUUUUUUUUUUUAGGUGUGGCGGCUUUUUUUUUAACGAUCAAAUGCAUGGAGGGGAAACCCUGGUAAAAUACUGUUUUCUGUGGUUUCGUUUUGAGAGACGAUAGAAAAACGUAUUAAAGUAAAAUUUGGUGAAGUUGUUACUGAAUUAAAAAUUUAAAAUCGAAAAUCGAGUCUUCAGAGGAAAAAAAUGGGAUUUUGUUUUUGGCUAAAAUCGUGCAGCCCUACUACACUGUAGGCAUUUUAUUAGAAUUUUAUGUCCAAUUCUCCACAAAUAUUCCUUAUCUUUCUGCCACAGCAACUCUUCAGUGUAAGUUGUGGUGAGAAAUUUCAUCUUAGAGAAGAAAACAAGUUUAAUUGGUGUUAUAAUACUCAGCUGAAACUUCACUGUGUCCCUAGUUUUCCCACAGAAGUAUAAGUUUAUUUGUACCUGUUAAUUAGCAAAUCUGAACCUUAAGCCUCACCGAUUUUUCAGUGGUUAGUGACAAUAAUUGACAGGAAUACAAUUCAAUUGGUCUACUGUAUUUGUUUGAUGGGAAAGCUUGAUGUCAAAAUAUUGAUACUGUAAAUAUGACUAACAGGUUUUUUUUUCUUUUUUCCCUACAGAAGAUCUUUGAUGGAUUUAAAAAAAAAACCUUCAUGACCUUUGCAGCCUGAAAGAAUUUUAACUGAAGGUCCUGGGAUUGUAUGCAGUUCAAACACUCAAGCAUGUGGCCCAUGGGUGCCACAAUCCAGCUACUUCAAAGGAUUUUUUCUCUUAUGGCAUUUUAACAAAGGAACAAAGUAUCAAAAGUAUCCAAAAAAACCUUUGGAUCACAAGGUCUUUAUUUCCAGGAUAAUCAUAAAUGUGUGGGCCUGCACAGGGAUGUUUUCUGUAAAAGCCUGCUCGACUAUCUGCGCCCCCUUUUCCUAGAAUAAGUAACCCGGCAAGAGAGACUCCCAUGAGCAACUCUGCAGGAGGCCCGAUUACGUCGACAUGAGUAGUACUUUAGGAAAGGAUAAAGAAUCAAAAGAAAAGGACCCGAAAGGUGGUCCUGCAGGGAAAGAAAGGGAAAAGGAGGCCAAGGCUCUGGCCAGCUUAGUCAAGGAUGGGGGCAAAGAGACGAAGACCAAAGGGAAAGAUGCCAAAGAAGGAAAGAAGGACACCAGCAGCUCGACACCAGGUGUUGCCUUUUCUGUUGACAACACGAUAAAGCGGCCAAACCCGGCACCAGGUACACGCAAGAAGUCUAGCAAUGCCGAGGUGAUCAAAGAGCUUAACAAGUGCCGGGAGGAGAACUCAAUGAGACUGGACCUAUCAAAGCGGUCCAUUCACAUGCUCCCCACCUCUAUUAAAGAGCUGACGCAGCUGGCUGAACUCUACUUAUAUAGCAACAAGCUGCAGAGCCUGCCAGCUGAGGUGGGUUGCCUAUCAGGCCUGCUCACUCUGGCCCUGAGUGAGAACUCCCUGACCAGUUUGCCAGACUCCCUGGACUCCCUUAAGAAGCUUCGAAUGCUUGACCUCAGGCACAACAAGCUAAGGGAGAUACCAGCUGUGGUCUACCGGCUGACAUCUCUAGCCACACUGUACCUGCGCUUCAACCGCAUCACGACAGUGGAGAAGGACAUCCGAAACCUAUCCAAGCUCACCAUGCUCAGCAUCCGUGAGAACAAGAUUAAACAGCUGCCUGCAGAAAUAGGUACAUAGAAGUUCUGGUCCAAGAAUGCACUCUUUGCCAAGUUUAGACUAAUACAUAUGCAGGUUUAUCAAUAUUUCAUUUGUACCAAUGCCUAUUGUAUCUUCAUUGUCUUUUCCCUAUGUAAGAGAGUGUUGUACUGUAAAACCCAUCCUACCCUCUGUGCCAGUGCCAUUCAGGUUUCACGAGGACUGAAAGAGAGAAAUGAGUGGUUGUCUUGUGUGAGGCAGAUGUGACCGAAGCACUUGCUUCUAAAAUCAUCCAGAUAACUGAUUUGACUUUGCACCUCUCUGCAGGGGAGUUGUGCAGCCUCAUAACUCUUGAUGUUGCCCAUAACCAGUUGGAACACCUACCCAAAGAGAUUGGGAAUUGCACACAGAUCACCAAUCUCGACUUGCAGCACAAUGAGCUCUUGGACCUCCCAGAAACCAUCGGUAACUUCUAUUUAUAUAAUGACUUCAAAGCUAGAGCGCAGUUAUUCUGUUGCAACGCAAUCCAAGUUCACUUUGGACAUGUUUCUUUUUCUUGUAGGGAAUCUGGCAAGCAUAAACCGUUUAGGUCUGAGGUAUAACAGAUUGUCCGCCAUCCCAAGAUCACUGGCCAAAUGUCGAGAACUGGAGGAGUUGAACUUAGAAAACAACAACAUUUCAGUGUUGCCAGAGGUAAGAAGAAUCAAAUAUAAUCACCUCAUCACAUUUGUAAUCACUACUGUCUAAAGUUUUUCUUUAAGCUAAAAACAAUGUCUUUGUUUACUAUCAUUUCUUCUUUUCAAUCAUUACAAAGGACUAUUUUGAUUCCUUGAGACUUAGUGUCCAUUGUCUAAAAUAUUCAUACUUGCAGCCGUCUAACACACCUGGAUUAACAUGAAUGCUGCUAUUGCAUUUGAAGUGAUCAUCACAGCUUAUCACACCUCUUCAGUGGUGUCCUGAUCGUAUCAUUUCUGUCAUGUCUCUGUUUCUAUUCUUGACCAGGGCCUACUGUCAAGUCUGAUCAACCUGACCAGUCUAACGCUGGCCAGGAACUGCUUCCAGUCGUACCCAGUGGGUGGACCGUCCCAGUUCUCAACUAUCUACUCCCUCAACAUGGAGCACAACCGUAUCAACAAGAUCCCCUUUGGUAUCUUCUCCAGGGCCAAAGUGUUAAGCAAGCUUAACAUGAAGGUAUCUACGCAUGUGUGACCAUGGAGUUAGUCAACAGAAGCUUUCCUGUGAUGAUUUUUCAGUCUUAAACCAGUGGAGAUAUUAUCAUGGUCUACAAUCUUCUUAAUUUGGAUUUAGGGGUUAUUCCCAGCAGACAUUUUUGAUAGGAGGAAAGGUACCAGAACAUUAACAAUGCCCCAGUAAGCCAUAGAGUCAGAAUCCACAACAUAAGCACAGCAUAACUGAAGCAACAAAUGGAAUCCAUUUGUCAUUAUUUUAUAAUUUACACCUGUACUUUUCCUGCUGAGACAUGUCCAAAUAUUUCCAGUUAAGAGGCCAGUGGAGGCAUGUGAGAGUGAAUUUGACGGUUUUCAUACCUGAGUGUGUCAGAAACAGAAAUUAUUCACUCUCAUAUGUCACAAGAAUGCCUCACUUGUUCAAUCUGUUGUCUCUCGAGUACAAAGGUUUGUGUACUGUUGGAUUUGACUGCAGUUUGCAGAUGUACUGUAGAGGUGGGCAUAUCCUGAGCAUUAAAUGGCAGAGGUCCAGUGAUACAUAUUUACUUGUUAGAUCAUAUUAGAUUACACAUUUUGAAAUGCUUUUCAAAGGUCCUUUUUCUUCUUUUCCAUUUUGUACACAGGCAACCACGUCUCCCACUCCCUCUCAAACAGCACUGACUUGAUUGUCUGAAUUGUCAUAUAUUUUCUUAUGAAAGUGUGUUAUUGGUUUCCCCAGGACAACCAGUUGACGUCUCUGCCAUUGGACUUUGGCACAUGGACCAGCAUGGUUGAACUGAAUCUGGCUACCAAUCAGUUGACAAAGAUCCAAGAAGACGUCUGCGGUUUAGUCUCUCUGGAGGUGAGUUUUACACACACACACACACACACGCAUAUUGUAGGACUUGCAGGCGCUCAAGCCUCUGCAUUUAUCGUAGAAAUAGGAAGUGUCAUCACAUAAAUAGUUUUAAUUUGAAUGAAAAUAGUGUAAGUUGUGUUUCAUAAAGGGCUAAAUGGCUGAUAAAUCAGGACUGCAGGCCAAUGCAGCACCCAGAUUAUUCUACAGGCAUGUAAUUCCAGUUAAUUUAUCCAAAGUUACUGAUUUUCCAACUCAAACAGGUUAGCAGUGGUUCAUUAAAACGUAUUGUGAAUAAAAGGGGGUAAAAACUUGCACAGUACAAUGAGGAGAAUUUCAGGGCAUCCUCAGGUGGAAAUGUGAUUUUACUUUCCCCAGGAUUCAUGUGAAUGUUUAUGUUAAUCUUGAACUCAGCCUGCAGUUUGAAAUUGGCAGCAGUGUGCCAUGUUCGCUGUUUGUGUUUAUCCGGGAGCUGUUUUUGCACUCAAGAGAACAGAACAUCCAUGGUAUCCAAAAGAAUGCCAAAUAUUGAUUAGUCAGACCACAGGACAGUUUUUCUCUUUUCCUCUGUCCAUCUUAAUAAGGCUUGGAAGCAGGGAAGUGUCCAGUGUUUCUGGAUCAGGACUAUGUGUCCUCCUUGCAUGGUGCAGAUUUGACCUGCAUUUGUGGAUACAGUCAUAGACUGUAAUCAGAGGGUUGCUGGAAGCCAAGUUGAGCAAAUGCUGUGACUUCCACUACAGACUCAUGUCUGUUUUAAAUACUGUGUCACCUGAAGGCUGGGGAUGAUGGCCAUGAACUAUAGUUUGUUUCUUUCAGCAUUGUCUCUUUUAUUUGUAGAUUCCUCCAGAUUCUCAAACUGUAGGUGAUGAAAUCCACAGAUUCUUGGCAAUAUGACACAGAGGAACACUUUUCUGAAACUGUUGAAAUAUUUGCUCACACAGCCUUUCAUAGAGUGAUGGAGCUCUUACUAUCUUUGCUUCUGAUAGACUGGGCUUCUCUGAAUGCCCUUUUAUAUCCUGAUAUGUUACUUACCCGAUGUAAAUGAACCAAAUCAGUUGGGAGAUGUUAUUCAUGGCCUUUUUUAAGUAUUGCACAAUUUUUCAGUUUGCUGUUGCCUCAGAUUUUCUUAUAAUGUGUUACUGGCAUCCAAUUUAAAGUGAGGAUACAUUUAUAGACAAUGCAUUUUUCACUUUAAUUACCAAGCAUGCUGUCUUUGAUCCAUUUUAAGGUAUAUAUGGGGUUCAAGUGAUCGGUAAACUAUUAAAUUCUGUGCUCUUUAAUCAGCAUUUUAUCAUGUCGUAACUUGUAUCAUAAUACCUUUUGUUCAUACUGUUCAAACCAUUUUGUUUCAACAGGUUUUAAUACUGUCCAAUAAUCUUCUCAAGAAGUUACCACAUGGUAUUGGAAAUUUAAGAAAACUAAGAGAGCUGGACUUGGAGGAAAACAAGUUGGAAUCUCUACCCAAUGAAAUAGCUUAUCUGAAAGACUUACAAGUAAGUGUUCUUCAGGGAUGUAGUUUUCCACAUUAGAUUUCCUGCCCUUUAUUUUCAGUUGUUAGAAACGGGCCACUGGGCAUGCUGUCCACCCAUUAGAUAAUCAUCCACAGAUGGCCACUGUGAGAAAUGAACAAUCGUGUUAGAUAUAACUGGCUCAUGACUGGCCCGUUGUAUUAACAACAGAGGAUCAGUGAUGUGUCAACUGAACAGGAUCACACCAAGAGUUAACGUUUUUAACAUCGUCUUGUGUUUUUCACAUUCAACAAUAUGUAACAUGAUGGGAUCCUUGAGAUGUUGAGAUUUAGCUUCAACGCACUGAAUUAGGUGCACCAUUAUCAGAGGUCAGCUCUUGAUUUUGUUUACAAAACCCACAAUUUGAACUAAUUUGGCCUUUUGACAUCUGCAAAACUUUUGAAUCAGAGCUCUGCUAAAUAAUCUGUCUCACUGAGAAGUAUCUUAUUUUGAGAACAUUAUGUACCUAUUUGUUUUGUGUACCUAAAUGACCAGUUUAGGAAAUUGUUGAUGCAAUUUAAAUCUUAAACUCCUAAACUUUCUAUGCGGUUGCUUUCUCUCAUUAGAAAUUGGUGUUGACAAAUAAUCAACUGACUACGUUACCCAGAGGCAUCGGUCACCUCACCAACCUCACUCAUCUUGGUUUGGGAGAGAACCUGCUACAACACCUUCCAGAGGAGAUUGGUAAGCACUGUCUUCAAGUCACCAGUAGUCAUAAAUAAGGGGGGGGGGGGGGUGCCUUUGUUCAGGGAGGUUGAUAGUGCAGCAAAUCAUUAUGCUCUCUACGAUAGAUAAACAUAGUCAUCAGGAUUUAAGGGCUAAACAGUUCAGUGUGACCUCUCUCUCUCUUACUCUCUAACCCUGGUGCGAUCACAGCAUGGAUAGGCUGGUUACUGCGAGGUAAAGAUUUAAGUCAGAGAUUAAGAUAGGUGGAGAAAGAAGCUAAAGCCUGGUGUAUUUUUGGAGUGUCUAAACUGGACCAGAAUUUAAUUUUGCCCUUAACUUGACCUGUCUGCUGGCAGAAACCAAACACCUCCUUUUAACCACGAGAGCCAUUGUUUGCUGUUCAUUAAAGUAUCUGUACUAUGGCUAAAGAAACUGGCAUUAUUGUUAAGCUGCAUGUUUCAGCUAAAAUUGCCCUAAAAAGUCUUAAUUUUGAUUUUGGGAAGUGUGCAGAAAUGCUUUAAGUUGACUUGGCUGUUUGCAUUGGUGUACAUUUUAUAUGUAUAUGUGCUUGUGUGAGUUUGAAAUGAAAGUAGGAUGGCAAGCAGAUUGACAUCUGUCCAAUCCAAUCCAAUCCACUUUAUUUAAAUAGCACAUUUUAAAAAACAUUCAAGUUUACCAAAGUGCUGCACAGUUAAAUGGAAAGAACAAACAAUGCAGAAAUAAAAAAUAAUAAAAAAAACAUCAGUUGGAAAUAAAUAAAUAAAAGCAUAUAAAAACAUUUAAAAUGAAAAAAAUGAAUGAAAUUAAAACACAAAAGCAUAAAAGCUAUAAAAGUGAUAUAAGGACCAUAAAAGACAUAAAAGGACAGAGAUUUCACAACUCAUUCUGAAUUUAAAGCCAAAGAAUAAAAAUAAGUUUUUAGAUGUGAUUUAAAAAGUAGAAAGAGUGGGGGAUGUUUUAAUCUCAAGUGGCAUUUCGUCCCACAAUUCUGAGCUGUCCACAGCUGAGAAAGCUCGGUCGCCACAGGUUUUUAAACAAGUUUUAGGGACAACGAGUUGAAGCUGAUCAGCAGACCUCAAGGAACGUGGGGGGUACAACUACUAAAGAGGUCAGAGAUGUACUGUGGUGCUGAUCCUGUCUUAAAUAGCUGCACCUCUAAGCUAGCUAGAUGGUCAAACUCAAAGUACUUUGGUGAGGUUUGGAUUUUGACAGGCCACCUGAGCGCUCUGAGAGACUUAUGAAAGUAAAAUGUUUUGUUCAGUAUAUUGAGAUUAUUUUCUUUAAAUGAGACAACAUGCAUUCAUGAACAUUAACAUGUAAAUACAUGAGAUUUUAGCCAGGUGGGUAGUUUCCAUCCCCAGUCCUAUUUGCCGGUUGGUGUCAACAUAUAAAAGAAAAACAAACAUCAGUAAUGUGAAUAAAACACACAGAGCGUAGUAAAAGACAAGCAGCAUACAUAAAGCGUAGAAAACUAGAGAUGCACCGAUAAAUUGGCCGCCGAUUUAAAAGGCCGGUUUUAUAUCCAACCGGCCCCAACCGGUGACCGGCCGGUCACUGUCGUAAUUUGCCGUUUUUCCCCGAGCAAACUGACACGCAUGCGCGGUGCGUAUCAGCUCAGAGCAAAACUGCUAAAAAUUAGCAAGACUCAGGAGGAAAACAUGUCGGUGAUUUGACACUGUGUGCCAGAGCGACCCAAAACACGCUGUUUGUAAUGCUUGCACGUCAAAAGUCAGCUGUGGAGGAUCAACGCCUAAGACAUUUGGAACAACAAACUUAAUACGCCACUUGGAAAAGAAGCACCCAGGCUUGUUUAGCAAAUAUAAGGAAUACACUGCCGCUAAGAGGAGGGAUGCAGCACAGUCGCAGCGACCACAACAACCCUCCGCCGUGGCUCCUAUGUUCGACAUCAACACUGAAAAGUCCAAAGCCACCACUACGAAAAUAAUGGAGUUCGUGGUACUGGAGGACCAGCCGUUUAGCGUAGUACAGGAUAAAGGCUUCGUAAAUCUGAUGAAACACCUGAGUCCACGGUACAAAUUACCAAGUCGGGUGUUUCAUCAUAUUUACGAAGCCUUUAUCCUGUACUACGCUAAACGGCUGGUCCUCCAGUACCACGAACUCCAUUAUUUUCGUAGUGGUGGCUUUGGACUUUUCAGUGCUGAUGUCGAACAUAGGAGCCACGGCGGAGGGUUGUUGUGGUCGCUGCGACUCUGCUGCAUCCCUCCUCUUAGCGGCAGUGUAUUCCUUAUAUCUGCUAAACAAGCCUGGGUGCUUCUUUUCCAAGUGGCGUAUUAAGUUUGUUGUUCCAAAUGUCUUAGGCGUUGAUUGGUACAAACUACCAAGUAGGCGGUACUUUUCUGACACAGCGCUGCCAGAGUCGUUUGAGAGAGGUACUGGAGGGGUAGUCAAUAAAUUACAUUGUACCAGACAAAUGCUGGGACGUUUUUGAAUGUUGUUUGAAUGUAAGUUAGUUAUUGACCUGUAAACUGGACUGAAUUUUAUGGUCAGUGUUGAAAAUAAAUCUGCUCAGGAGGCACUGUUGAAACUCUCACUCUAUUUCUUAUUUGUGAGGUUUUAUUCUUGAAAGGGGGGUUAUGAUAGCAUAUAGCCUACCAUUAGUUGUGCUUUUAAUUGCAGUUAAGCAAAAUGUUGUCUGGGAGAGGGGUACUUAAAUUAAAAUUGGGAAUGGGUACUCAAGCCAAACAAAUAUGGUGUCUAUUAUAUGAUUAUAAUUAUUUCUCAGAUAGAAAAUCGGUAUCGGAAAAAUCGGUUUUGGCAGGUCAGACCUCCUUUAAAACCGGAAAUCGGUAUCGGCCAAGAAUAUUGCAAUCGGUGCAUCUCUAUAGAAAACCUUAACCACAUACAGUCCAAAAAUGAAAGGGGCUGGGAGUUGGGGGACCAUGGUAAAUAUAAACAGUGAAUGAUAAAGUGCAUACUGCUGGCUGCCUGUGGGCUCAGGUCCUCUUUAUAUUGCACAUAGCUGACUUAUUCACAGAAAUACAGUGUAAAGUGUAUGUUGAUUGCGCAUUACCCUGCUGCCCAAGAUUACCAAGUGCCAUGUUGAAAAUGCAGCACAUGGUUGCACAUGGAGAUGUGUGAGUAGUUAUUGCACCAAAAAAGUAGGACAGUUGUUCUUCUUUUUCAUCACAGUGGCAGAAGCCUGUAGGCCUUUGAGCUUCAACAUCAGUAUAUGUCUCUGCUAACUGUUACUUCCCUCUUUUUUCAGGUACACUGGAGAACUUGGAGGAGCUGUACCUCAACGACAACCCCAAUCUGCACAGCCUCCCAUUCGAGCUGGCCCUCUGCAGCAAGCUUUCCAUCAUGAGCAUUGAGAACUGUCCCCUCAGCCACCUGCCUCCACAGAUUGUUGCAGGGGGCCCCUCCUUCAUCAUCCAGUUCCUCAAGAUGCAGGGACCAUACCGUGCCAUGGUCUGAGCUCAGAGCUGCUCAGUCCUAGUCCUACUUAACUUCAGAACCUCCACUUGCUCUGCACUUUGUUGCCUGCCCGACCCCAUUACGUGUAUCAUACACUGUAAAGAAAACAGACGGCCAUAAUCAGUGUCUGGGGCAAACAGAAAGAGGAGAAACAGGAGGAAAGAAUGUUUCUUUCUUCACCAUCUUUGGGCAGACAUGGGGGGAGUCUUUGGAGACUUGACUUGUUUCUCCAGAGAUGAUCAAGGUCAUUUGAAGACCCCAGUCAGACCCCCUUGCUCAUCUUUCAUUCCGAAUACCACAAGAGGAAAAUAUUUCCAUCUCUUUGCCAAAACUGAAGAUAUAUUAAGUUCUAUAUAUUGAGUAACAGUGAGCUAAGUGGUGAGUCUUUGAAACAUUUAAGCCGUGCUCCCAUUGCCAAUGUAUUUACAGUAAUUACAAGCAUCUAUUAUGUGAGCAAGGAUACAACUGUAUGCAAAAACAAACAAAAAAAGUCUUUGGAACUUCACAUUUACUGCUGCUGCCGUAAUUUUAACUUUGUCAUCUUAUCAUGAUUUGUUUUGACAUGCCCUUUUUUUUUACAUCACCAUCACUCACAAUAACUUGUGUUAACUGCUUCUUGACCACAGAGAACAAAAAGGUCUAAUGAUGGCGUGUUUGUAAUUUUUUUUAAACUGUGCCUAUGUUUAGAGUGAACCAGUGGUUCAUGUCUAAACACUAUUGUCCAUGAGAAUACAAAGAUAUAAAUUAUUUCAAUGAUUCUUUUUGUAUUACUGCUGUUUUUACUUUGGUUCCUUUUUUUAGUGUUUCUUUUUGCUGAUGCAUUAAUCUGUAAGUGAUAUCAGUUGUACAAUAGGUGGUCGGAGGUCUUUUUAACAAAUAGCAGCAGUGGUUGUCAAAUAUAAAGAUGGUUAUGUACACAGAAGAGAAAUUCUAAUCAUACCUGCUUGAAAAGAAAAAGAAAGUUGGACUUUUCUUUGGGUCUGGUGGUGCUGUGACCCCACAUUUCUUUGUCUGAGAAAAGGUAUUGGAAAAAGUCAAACAAACAUGGGUGAUGGGGGAAAUGAUAGAAAAUGUUUUUAUAUAUGUAUACAAAUCCUGGUUGUUGCCUUGAGUGCAAUUUUAGUUAUGUUUACUUCUUUGAUAUUAUCUUCAGUGUUGGACUGCGUAGCUGUCAUACAAUUGAUUAUUGACCAACAUAUCAAAACAUUUACAGACGUUAUGUAUGUCUCUGAAGUAAGUGGUGGUGAGUGUAUCAGAGUUUAGAAGAAGGUUUGAUCAUUAAACAUGGAUACGUAUAAUUUCUUUCUUUAAUACUUUCUGUGGUUUAUUUGAAAUUUUGACAGGGUCUCUUAAGAGCUGAAAUUCCAUCAAAAUAAAUUUCCAAUGAUUGAGAUUCUUAAUUUAAUUUCUUUUUGAGAAAUCUUUUUUGUCCCACACUGUCCCAGCAAUGCUGCUGCUCUAAUGCACUUUUGAAAAACACAUUGGCAUCUUCUAUCGAAAACAAACGAUAGCCUCUCAUUGGUUGGUUUGAAUUGGGGUAUUUGAUCUCACGGAGAAGUAUUUUAUCUGUUAACGGUUCAUCAUGUAAAUUUACUAAUUUACUCAUCCAAUGUAAAGUUCGGGUGAUGCUUUCUAUCGGGGAUUUAUAUCCUGUUGAUCUGAAAAAGGAGCUUGCUCUCUUGACCUGUAGAAGAUUUCGGCCCGACCAUUAGUUGUUUGAAGAGUCCCAUUUCCUGUGUUCUACAUGUCAGCAGAAUGGUUUAUUGCCUUUAAGAUCAGGAUUGUUCAUUUGAAAUCAAUUCAAGUGUUUUUUUUUUUAAUGAUGAAAUGUGUAUUCCGUUAGUAUUAUUUCAAGUGACUGUACAUUAAAAAUCCCAACAAAAGGUAAUCUACCAAACUUUUAAAAAUUAUUUUUAAAUAUGUAUUGCAUCCCAGCUCUUUUCUUCAAUCGUGAUUCUGUUUUUGUAUUAGAACAUGUGGGUCUACUUCUUUUGCAGCAGCUUUGCGUGUUUCAGUAGGAUGUUUGGUUUGGUCCCUUACGCAGGGAAGCCUGGGUGAUGAGAGCACCACAGCUAGAAUCGGGUGAUCGAUGUACCGCUGCUUCUUAUUUACCAGCAGAACCUGUUGCUGCUUUUUGUGGACUGAAACAUAUGCUGUACAAGAUGGGGGUGGGGGGAGCUGGGGAGGGGCUGGACGCAGGAAAUGAUCCACUCCCGCAACUGAUAAAGACUCUGAAAACCUGACAAGGGACAAAUCCACUGAGCUUUUCCAAAUUGGUGUCAGGCUCGUGGUUUUCUCACAGAUCAAAUCGUUCGGAAACAACGAUGAGACAACACAACAAGGUGCAUAUUUGAGCUUAAAUGCAGUUACAGUACAAGACUGUCAGAAAAAAGACAAAUGAAAAAAAAAUUGUAAAAAGGGCUUUCUGUGUUCAUGCUCAACAACACACCGGAGGCAUUGCAUUCCUAGGUUUUCUAUAAAAGCUUUGGAAGUUUCUUUUUGUGUAUUUUAGCUGUAAACAAUUGUGUGACAAAUGCCUUCAACGAGUGCUCAAAGUGAGAUGUGCAUUAGGUGUGCAGCAAGAGUGCUGUGACCCAUUUUUACAUUCAGUCUCUGUAUUUUUACUUUUGUCAUGUGCCAUUUUGCGUGGAGGGGAGUGCCAGUGUGUGGAGAUGCAGAGGAUGAUGGGAGGCACGGCAGAAACUGAACCAGGCUGAGCAUUUUUUCAGAUCCAGAAAUGUGGUUUUAAUAUGCUGUGGGGGAGACGGACAGCUUUGAUUGGCCCAUUCAGUUAACAGUGUGACCAUGUUGAGCAAAGUAAUGACAUUGUAUUGGAUACUGGUGCAUCCAAAAUAAUUGGGACAAAAUUGAUGUUUAUUUUCUAUUUUCUGUGAUUUAAGGUCAUUGAGAGUAUCACAGAAUCCAAGUCCUUUUUGCUUCUUUGCUUUUUUCUGUUCUUGGAUCAUGAUGUCUUUUUUUCUUGCCUGAUUAUUUUGUACAGGAAACAAGCAUGUUGAACACAUAUUUGCCAUGAUUUGUCUGGGUCAGAAUCAGGCGUCUCUGCAUAGAGGACUUCAAUUUAGUGGCUAUUUGGUGUAUCUUCAAAUGCUCCCUUUUUGUAUAUUGCAAAGGGUAUUGAAGCAUUGUGUGGCAAUGCUUUUACUUAAUCUACAUUGACAAGCAGCCUUAAUGGUCUUUUUUAUGUGUUUGUUUGGCUAUUCCUUGUGUCUAUGGCCACUGACUGUACUUGAUGACAAGCAACUGGUCGUUCUGAUGUAAAUUAGGGUCUAGUUUCUUUAGUCUUCUUUUCCUUUUACUCUGUACAGUUAUCUGGCGUUAUGGUAGACUCAGUAUUACACAAUCUGUAUUGUGAUGAGAGUUUUACACAAAAUGACAGAGUGCAAUGGAAGAUAAUGCCAUUAUGCUACCGAGUGGAUGUGCAUCAGCUUGCAUCUCCCUUAUCUUUGGCAUUAAAGGGGAAUUCCACCAAGACUGACUUGUAUUUUUAUUCUACAAUGAUGCUAUUCAAACACAAAUCAGCAAAAUUGUCAUGAUUUUUUUUCUCUUAAGUCAUAUCAGGUGUGGGUCAUACACAUUCAGGGGAUUAGAAAACAUUUAUCAUUAAGCUGUGAGGUUUGAAAUCAGAGGAAACAUUACUGCUCAUACAAAAGACAAACAUGAUUCCCACUUUCCAGAGAGUGCAGGCUAGAUCACAUUUUCUUCAUCUACUAAAGCACAUAACUACAUACCAGUCCCUUUUUGCCAUCAAACCAAGUCGACGCUGGUGGAAUGGCCCUUUAAUGUAAAGCUGCCACCCUAUUGUCCCUCGCUCCCAUUUGAGCAUCUCUGGGCAGUUUCUUGACAGCCCUGCUCCGCACAGAGCAGAAUCGUAAAGGCCGUUUGAAUGAGCACCACAGAUAGAUAAUCACUCCUCUUCUUUGUUUAACGCCAGUAAAGCGAUCUGGGUCCACAGAUUGAGCAGGUGGUGAAGGACUUUGGGUUGAGCAGAUGCAGACAUGACUACCUCUAUGUAAGUCACUGCAGACCACAGUGACCAACAUCCGGUCUGAGGUGUUUAUACCUGUGUAUAUACAAAGAGGAGUGUUGAAGCAGGAAUUUGGCUUUGGACCAACAGUUAAACAACUUUUUGUUUCACUACGCAUCCUUCUGUUUUAUUUCUGUUUUACGCCUCAUUAUAGUAUUACUUUGACAAGAAAAGGAAGAAUACACUGAUAUGUGUGCUUGUUGUAAAUGACAAACUUAAUCAAUGCCGCCCCAUUGUAAGACAGUUAUCCUGAAACCAACUAGCUGCAGAGUGACACUUUGCAAACAAGUGGAAAUGACCAUGUUUGGUGAUGUUCUGUAUGUACAUACAUCUUUUUAACUGUAAUAAACAAUGAAUAUUUACAAAUUUA